UGGUGUUCCGCAACAAAAAAGCGGUUUUGACACCGGGUGAUGCGAGCCUUUCCACCGGCUUGGCCCAAGCAACCGGAGGCUUUCACUGUGGUGAAGCAGGCUGACGAUCUCUUGUUGAAGGAAGAUCUUUGGCUAGCUGAUGCCCGAGACUUCCUGCGGAAUGGCCCUCAAUGGCCCAUGGCAGACAUGUCCAAGGCUCCACGCACAGAGCUGCCCCGGCGCCUGCAAUCGGUGAACUUCUUGGCGUGGCAGAAAGGUCAGCUCACCGAGCACCUCCGCCGGAAGAGCGAACAAACUCUGGUGGCCGCUGCGGACCUGCGUGAGCUGAUCGUCGCUGUGCAGCGCGACGCGGCGAGCAUCCAGGAGGAGGAAGAGGCCUUGUGCCAAGCGGAGGAGGAGUUGCUGGUGGGACGGCAGCGCUGUGCCCGAGAAUUGCAGCAACUUUGGGAAGACCUGGAUGUGAGGGAGAAGGCCUUGGAGGAGGCGGCACUGGAGGCCUUGGAUGUUGAGGCAGGGGAGGAGCUGCACCAGGCGCAGCAGCUGUCUGAAGCGGUCUGCGAACAGGCGGGGGACCUGCAAGAAGAGACGGCCUUGCUCUUCGACCUACACCAGGAUCUGGAAACCCGCGAGGCUGCGCUACACUGCAGUGAGGUGGCCUUCGGAUGCUUGGUGGAGCGAGAGCUUAGCCUUGAGGGCCUCGAAAAUCUACGAGAAGGCAUUGCAAAGCAGUUGUCCGAGAUGAUGGCCUUGGGCGACAGCGCCUGCGAGGCCGUCCUGACUUCCGUGGGAGGUGUUGGUUGGACGGAAGGGGACUUCCCCGUCUCCGACAGCGAGCGGGGCGAUCUGGCGCCCAGCUCCGCGCGGCUGGUCUAUCCGAGUCGAGAUGACACCUCAACGGGAAGGAAGACCAACGUCCGGAAGAGCGACGCACGAGCUUCGACACCGGAGUCCCCAAAGGACGACUACAGCUUGGAGGCUGAAGAGGAGUUCUUCUAUGAAGAAGGGGAGGAAGAAGCUGAGGAUGAUCCCGAUCCUGAAGUUGAGCUCGAAGAAGAAGAAGAGCAGGUCGAGCUCCUUCCACAACGGUUGGAUCCAUUACUUGGUACGGUGGACAGCUCCCCUGGUGCCUUGCCGUCGGAGUCCUGCUUCAUUGGAGUUCCAGCGGACGCCAACGCCCAGGCGUCCAACGCCUCGGUGUCCAAUGCCUCGGCGUCCGCCACCGCGCGGGUACCGGCGCCGUGGGUACCGGCGGCAUAUCCACAGGUGAACAGGUCCUCCUUUCCCUUGCCCUCUGCUGGGGCCUAUCCUCCACGAGUGGCAGUUGCUCCGCUGGCAAAGUUCCCAGUGUCCUACUGUCCAAGACCAGCUACCAGCCCUGGCCGUGCGGCCUAUGUGCAAGUGGUGGCACCAAAGCGUUAAACAAAGCGUCC